CGGUUUGCCGCUCAGUCGAGCCGCAACCACGGAGCGGAGAUUUUGUGUGGUGUUUUGCUAUUUCGUGGUUUUUAUGAGAAAAGAAUCAGGGCAGUUUCACUUUGUAAAACGCGACUUACCGCAAGAAAAACAUACAACGAUGUUUUUGAUUUGACGUUCUGCGUAAAAAUAAAAAAGUGACAGAGAAAGGGAGAGAGGGAGAGGGAGAGAGAGAGAGAUAGAGAGAAAGGAAAAAAGAAAAGGGUGAAAAAGAGAAAAACGAAUAUAAAAAGAAGGUCCGGGAAACUCAUUCAUGUGGAAUAGUACCUCUCACUUAUGCACGUCCGGCCAUUUGUUUAAUAAACCCAAUGAGUGAAAAGUGCGACGAUCGUAAACAAAAGCUUCGGUAAAGGGUACGGUAAAAGGCACAAAAGGUGGCAAUACUUGUGACAUAUAUACAUACAUAUACAAAUAGAUACGUGUACACACCGGCUUGGAGUAAAGAGGAAGGAAAAGGCAAGUCGAUCGACAGCGAGUGAGCGAAAAGAAAGUAGAAGGAGCUAAGAGGCUGUAACACGUUUUGAUCGACGCUGGACGAUCGACCAGAUCUGGAUCUGGCGCGUUUUGCCGGUGCACCACGCCGCGGGCCUCGUUUCUCUCUCUUUCUCUCUCUCUCUCUCUCUCUCUCUCUCUCUCUCUCUCUUUUUCUCUCUCUCUCUCUCUCUCUUUUUCUCUCUCUCUCUCUCUCUCUUUUUCUCUCUCUCCCUUUCUCUCUGCAAGUAACAGUACUUCCUCGCGCUCCAUGGAGUAAGCCUCUCUCCGAAGAACGGGACCUAACGCUGCUGUGUCCGCUCACCAUACUCUCGUCGCGCCUCCCUCUUGUCCUCCCCCUUGUCCUCCCUCUUGUCCUCCCUCACAGUUCCGUCUCGCCUCCCUCUCGAUUUCCCCGUACCUCCCUCGCGGCCGCCUCGCGCGGUUGCAACGCAGCAGUCCGGCUGGUCGGGUCGAGAGGUUUCACGUAAAACCAGUCCUCUACCCUUUCCCUUCCUUCCUUUCCUUCGAACGGAUCGCGAAUUACUCCCUCCUUUACCGACACAAGCCUUCCGUCAACUGGCAUCUGCUGACUGACUCUUCGAACUUCGUCUUCCUUUUGAUUGUCUUACAAACCCCUUUCAUAUUUCUUAUUGAUCCUUUUCUGUUCCAAACUAAACACAGGGAUGUCCAUGUUUCCAUGCGACCUUGGAUGUUGCAUGCAUUAUCAAAACGAUCCUUCCAAUUCGUAAAUAAAAAAACAACAUUGUUUAUUUCGCAAGUAUCAUAGAAGGGAAAGAAGAGUAGAGUCUAAAGACAUUUAUAAAAAGAAAAUUGUUUUUGAUCAUUGAAGUUUACUCGAUUGAGAAAAGAAAGUAAUCUCCCUUCUCAGGGUCAUCGUCAUGGAUUUAACACGACUUUGUCACGUGGUUCAUCACAUUUUGAAACGAGAGUGAAAAAGUCGAGUACAAAGAAAGGGUGAGAGAAAGGAAGAGAUAGAAGAAAAGGUAGGAAGAAAAAGAAAAGCUCCUUCUUUUCUUAGCGACAAAGAGAGAGAGAGAGAGAGAGAGAGAGAUAGAGUCGCUUGAGACGAAACAGCGCGCGUAAAAUGAACGAGAGACGUCCUGUAUGACGUUUAAAGUCGUUGUAACAACGAGAACGGCACGGGUAGAGUGUAAAAAGAAGCCUGCUCGUCUAUUAGCCGAGCGAAGAAGGCGUAAGCGAGUCGCAAAGUAGAGAAAGGAGGGAAGUUUACGCGGCCACUUUGAGUCCCUCUCUCGCCAUAACUAACUUCCUCCUCGAGUGGCUCAUGAAGCUUUCUCAUUGUCAGUCGGGGCUCGCGCAAACUUUGGAAGAAACGUUCGCGCAUUUUCCCACUUUUCAAAUGACCGCAAGAAGAAAAAUGGAUUGAUACGUCGAUCAAUGCUAAUUACGUUUUUUUCGACGGAUAUUAUAAUAAUACACACAAAAGUUUUUACUAAGUUUUUAUUUUUUCGACGAUCGAAAAAUAAAAUAAUCGAUACGAUACUUGUGUGAUUCAUUGGAAUAUACAUCGAACAACUUCUUGUGGUAAUACGCGCAUGCUUCAAAUCGGCAUUUGUUUGUUUUCAAUCGUUUAUUCGAAAAUUGUUAACGCGUCUAACUUACGAUCUAGCCGUUAAAGCGAGGAAAGUGAUACACAGUUCGUCGUGAGUGCUCCGAGUGAAAGAGACGCUUUCCGCCUUUCUUUUUCUGUGUUUCGAAAAGAUCGAUCAGUGGCGGCGAAUCGUCGAAGAGAAGGAGAACCGCCCUCCCUUUCAAACACGAUCUUGUAUUUACGAGAGAAGAAGACCGAACCAAGAGCCAUGAAGACCAUACGAGCAAGUGCUUUGAGUAAAAGAUCCGCAAGCUAACUUCGAAGUUUAAUAAAAGGAAAAUCGGUCUUCUUGCUGCCAGUCACGUGGAAAAUGAAUGUCGUGCCAUCAUUCAUGCUGCUAAUAUGCAAACGACACUUCUACUUUAUUCUGAAGAUGAGCGUUGAGUCAAAGUGAGAAAAAUGGUAACGAACAAAGACUUUUGUGACUAGUCUUUUAAACAGUUUUUUUCCUAUUGAAACUGUCACGAUACUUCGACAACAUCAUUUGCCCCUGGAUGGAUUUUUUCAAUUCUACUAAGAGCCCAAUAGAGCGGUGUAGCAGUUUUGACGAAACAUCGAUGGACAGCUACUCGUUGGUGACGGUAACGGAAGAUAGGGUAAACGAUUUUUCAGAGGACGUAGUAAAGGACGGAAAUGACAUAGAAGUGACAUCAUUGGAAGAAGCGAAAUCAGUCAUAGCAACGCUUAGAGCGAAACAGAGGGCACAAGCACAUCAAAUGCUUGCUUGGCGGAGGACACUAAAAUUGCAGGAAGAACUUGUGGCCCGACUAACGAGAGAGAAGGCCGAACAACUAUGCACGUUGUCUUCGCAACUAUUCCUAUUCGAAUCGCGACUGUGUCGGAAACAGAAAGAAAUCGAGGCAAACCUUGUGCAACGGGAAUCUAUUAUUCUCAGGCAACAAAGAGUAAUACGGCAAUUACAAAGCAGAUUAGCGGAAAGGAGUGGUACAGGUACGAGAGAUUCACCACCAUACGAUGCUCUCGAUAGACUGGAUAGUCUAGGAGACAGCGAUAGCGCCGUCGUACUCGAAGAGGCCGCGGAUGACCCGGCACCACCGAGAUUUCGUUCAAACAUCACAGAUGUAACGGUUAUACGAUCGGUAUCCGAUGCAGUCGAACCAUCGAGCAAGUAUUCGUCAAUGCGAAGAUGCAAUGGUUUUCUUCGUAGGCCAGAGAUACUAGAAACUGUGUAUUCGGUAGAAGAAGAUGGCGACAGUGAGAGCAACCAGGAACCACCUGAAUCUAUGGAAAAUUACGAAUGCGAUGAGAGGCGGACGAAAAACUUGGGAAAUGGGAAAGGCAGACUGCAAGAGCUUUAUGGUAGCUUCGAAAGACUAGCACAGGAUACUGAUUCCCUGGAAAAUGAAAGACCGAGAGAUGAGAGUCAACAAGCGCAGGUGACGUACAAUAGAGUAAUGAGUAAUCACAGAUCGGUAACAAAGCCGAAAGACGUAAAAUAUAAGAGAAUAAAUAAGGCUAAAUCGAAGAGUUUGGAGGAGCUUAGAGGACGACUGAGAAAUUGGGUAGAGAAAGGAAAUAAAAUAGCUAUAUCUUUAGAUCAAUCCUACGCUUGAACUUGUUACACGAAAGUAUUUAAAUUAUUUUUGUGAAAUUUUAUAAAUUAUUAUCACCGUCGACAGGAUAACGUCGAUAGGUCGGUACUACGAAAUUUACGAUAACUCUUUCCUCCUUAAGCAGCACACUAAAGCCCGCAUUAAAUCGAAAUUUCAUCCUUCCAUGUGAUAUUUAUUCUAGUAUAAUAUAAUAUCGUGCAUGGUUAUGCCGAUAAAAUUGAUGAGAGGGAAGGACCGCUUAACAGAUAUAUGUGAUAUGAAUAGACAUGACAGUCGCGUACGCGCCGGAGUGUCUUAUAUUAUUAUAUGCGAAACUUUAUUAUUUAACUAAUGAAAGUUCAACUCUUGAUAAAAGAACGAUCAUUAUGGUGUAUAAAAUUUUUAACAACUUAUCUCCCUCUUUUCCUGUUUUCCUAAUCAGUUCCUAUAAUCAGUUCAAGCGCAUCCUAAUAUGCGCCAUUUUAUCUUUUUUAUCGUCAAUCUUAUGUCUUGUCACAAUAAUAAACUGGAGCUUAUUUUUCCAGGAAAUUCAUUAUCAGAACUGUUUCAUACUUGAAAAUAUUUGAAAAUGUAAAAUAAAUUUUUCUUCUUUAUUGCUACCAAUGAAUCGCACUUAAAUGCGUUGAACAUAAUAUUAUAAAGCAUUAUGAAUCACCGUAAAUCAAUCACCUUUGUCAAUUAAAAAUAUUACUAUGCAAUCAAUUAAACGAAAAAAUAUUUAAUCAAAGGGCCUUCACUUUCCUAAAAUAGGCUUACUUUUAAGAUGAGCGAUAUGAGUUUUUCUUAUCUCAUUCUAUACAAUUUGUAUUGAUAAUUAUAACUCUAACUUUAUAUACAUAUUAUAAAAAUGAAUGAUGCAUUACGAUAUAUAACACUACAACGUCUUUCCACUUACAUUUCGAAAUAUCAAAUUCUAAAUAUAUCUCUAACAUGAUUAAUUUUGUAUCAGAUCAUACGUAUAUCUUUUAUGACUUUUAUUGUUUCCAUUAAUAAGUAAGUAAUUCUAUCAGUCUGUAAAAUGUAUAUUUUACGUCAUUUUAUUUAAAAUAAUAUUUAAAAUCAUGUAUAAAAUUAUAUGUGAUCCUUCAAAUUUAUCACCAUAUUUGGUGUACGUUUCAUAAAUUAUGUAUUGUUCAAAAUAGGGGUACAAAAAACUUCUGACAAUCUGCGCUUUAAGAAAAAUAUACGAUAUUUAACUAUCCGCUUGUAUAUAAUUGUGAAUGUAUUAUUAAUUUAACAUAUUAAUAUCUCUUUCAAUGUUAUGUAUAUAGAUAUAUUCCCCAAAUUUUGAAUAAUGUAAAUUUGAGUUUUAUGUUCCUGCUGGCUAACUAUUAGCCAUUAAAAAAGAAGCGCGCGCUCGCACAGGUGUACCGUUAUUAUCGAAAUCUUAUUAAUGUUAUUAAAGAUAAAUGUAAACAAAUUUACUAAUAAUAAUAAUGAAGUA